AAUAUCGGUGCCAAAUGCUCUGGGACUACAGUAGAUGUAGAUAGUAAUGGGCGUGCACAUUUCUGCAUAUCGCAGCACGCUGAAGAUAUGCACAUUGCUUUACAUGUUGGGAUUGAGAAAUCAGGAUGAUGCGUUUCAUCCUUUUAGUGUCAGCUGCCACUAUGGCGGUGGCAUUCAAAAAUCCUCACUAUGCAGCUGGGCGGUCCACUAUGGUCCAUCUCUUCGAGUGGAAGUGGGACGACAUUGCGGCUGAGUGUGAAAGGUUCCUCGGACCGCGUGGAUUUGGUGGCAUUCAGAUCUCCCCUCCUAAUGAAAAUUUGGUGAUCUGGUCAAAGAAUCGUCCGUGGUGGGAGCGUUACCAGCCCAUCUCCUACCGACUGAUCACUCGUUCUGGUAACGAAAAUCAAUUCGCCAAUAUGGUGCGACGUUGUAACAACGCUGGUGUGAGAAUUUACGUGGACGCCAUCAUCAAUCACAUGACUGGAACAUGGAACGAAAACGUUGGCACGGGAGGCAGUACUGCCAAUUUCGGUAACUGGCAUUACCCAGGCGUACCUUACGGAAGAAACGAUUUCAAUUGGCCCCAUUGCGUCAUCUCUGGCAACGACUAUAACUGUUGUGCUGACAGAGUACGUAAUUGUGAGUUAUCAGGUCUUAAAGACUUGAACCAAGGAUCAGAGUACGUCCGUACACAGAUUGUCAAUUUCAUGAAUCGCCUCAUCAAUUUGGGUGUUGCUGGAUUCAGAAUCGACGCUGCAAAGCACAUGUGGCCCCGUGACCUUAGCGUCAUCUAUAGUCGACUCCAUAAUCUGAAUACAGCCCAUGGCUUCCCAUCUGGUGCUCGUCCGUAUAUUUUCCAAGAAGUCAUUGAUUUAGGAGGUGAAGCUAUAAGUCGAAAUGAGUACACUUCACUCGCUGCAGUAACCGAGUUCAGAUUUGGACUGGAACUUAGCCGUGCGUUCUCCGGACAAAACCAAUUGAGAUGGUUGAGCAACUGGGGACCACAAUGGGGUCUCCUCGCUUCGGGUGAUUCUCUGGCCUUCAUCGAUAACCACGACAACCAGAGAGGCCACGGUGCUGGUGGUAAUAUCUUAACCUACAAACGAUCCAAGCAGUAUAAGGGAGCUAUCGCGUUCAUGUUGGCCCAUCCUUAUGGCCAGCCACAAUUGAUGAGUAGUUAUGCUUUCCAUGACACUGAAGCUGGACCACCGAUGGACAGGCAUGGCAAUAUUAUCUCACCAUCUAUUAAUUCCGAUAAUAGCUGUGGUAAUGGGUGGGUUUGCGAGCAUCGCUGGCGCCAAAUUGCCAGUAUGGUUGGCUUCCGUAACGUUGCUGGUAACACUGGUAUCAACGACUGGUGGGACAAUGGUAGCAACCAGAUCGCCUUCUGUCGCGGUGGCCAAGGUUUUAUUGCUAUCAACAACGACAAUUGGAAUUUGAACCAAAACUUGCAGACUUGCCUCCCAGCUGGUAGAUACUGUGAUAUAAUUUCUGGUGAAAAGAGAAACAAUUCAUGUACUGGUAAAACAAUUACUGUUGGUAACGACGGCCGUGCGCAUAUCUCCAUCGGUUCCAAUGAAUAUGAUAUGGUUCUCGCCAUACACAGAGGAGCUGAGUCACGACUCUAAAAAGGUGAAAAAGAAUAUCAGACGAGUGAAGAGCUACUAAAGAAGAAACUAAAAACAUCUAAAUCUUCUGAAGUGAAUAGCCAUAAGAUGAAUAGUAAAUAAAACA